GGGUUAUAUCCAUGAUGAGUCUUCUAUCUAUCUCUAUGGUUCUUACGCGCAUAGUCACUCAAAUUCUGCAGUUCCGUGCUGGCGCAGCGCGUACUUCCGCUUAUGCUCGUCCUCAGGCAAACGACACACAAAGUGUAUUAUUCUUUUUGCACUGCUUGACAUUCAUCGGAGACUUUCUCAAGGGGACAACAUAUUCUACCACAGAAUAUCAGUCCACAAUGUCAGAAACAGUGAAGUACAUGGAUGACGAACACAAGACCAUCUUCCUGAAAAUACUAAAUGAGCAACGGUUGGAGGGUGAACACUGCGACAUUGCAGUGGUCGUUGAAGACGUAAAGUUCAGGGCCCACCGCUGCGUGUUAGCGGCGUGCAGCAACUACUUCAAAAAGCUGUUCAAGAAACAUGAAGUCGACAACUCCUCAGUCAUAGAAAUUGACUUCAUCCGCUCAGAUAUCUUCGAGGAGGUGUUGAACUACAUGUACACAGCCAAGAUUACUGUGAAGAAAAAGGAUGUGAAUUUGCUGAUGUCUUCGGGCCAGAUACUCGGAAUCCGAUUUCUGGACAAACUCUGUUCACAGAAGCGUGAUAUGUCCACUGAAGAAAAUAAUGUCCAUAAUGCCAAACCAUUUCCCUAUGAUAUUGUCAAAAUGGCUCUCCCUACUGAUGACCCUACAUUGGGCCAGGAGAACGACGUGCAGGUGCUAGGUGACCAUGAUGACACUCCCACUGACGACCUUGUGGAAGAGCCGACGGCCAAUCACGACUUGGACAAAUCGCCAAACACGGCGUUGAGAGUGCAGGAGGCCAUUCUCAAAGAGCUGGCCAAUGAGGACGUGCACAAGGUGAGCUGCUACGACCAGGACGUGGAGCUCAUGGACACGGAGCCAAAAGACCUGGCGGGUCACGCCACCACCACACUGACGUUCGCUGACAGCAUCGGCGAGGUGAAGGACGAGCAGCCCCCUGGGUGGUCCACAUCCACGACGGACAUGAAGUUCGAGUACCUCCUCUACGGCCACCGCGAACAGCUUGCCUGCCAGAUCUGUGGAAAGACCUUCAUCGAUGAGAACCGUUUGAGGAAACACGAAAAGCUGCACUCGGCAGAACGUCCAUUCAUCUGUGAGAUCUGCAGCAAAGCCUUCACUACACAGGCCCACCUAAAGGAGCACCUGAAGAUCCACACAGGCUUCAAGCCCUACCGCUGCGAUGUAUGUGGCAAGUCCUUCAUUCGAGCACCUGACCUCAAAAAGCACGAGCGAGUCCACAGUAACGAGCGUCCCUUCGGCUGCCAGAUGUGCGACAAGGCCUUCAAGCACAAGUCCCACCUGAAGGACCACGAGAGGCGCCACAGGGGCGAGAAGCCCUUUGUCUGCGGCUCGUGCACCAAGGCCUUUGCCAAAGCCUCGGAUCUAAAGAGACAUGAGAACAACAUGCACAGCGAGAGGAAGCAGAUGCCGCCCAGCUCCCUGCAAACUGAGACUGAACAGCUGCAGGCAGCAGCCAUGGCCGCUGAGGCCGAACAACAACUGGAGUCCAUAGCGUGCUCAUAGCACACAACAUUUGUACCUCACUUGUCAUGGACAAUAUGAGAAGAAUCUGAGUUUUUCGAUUAUGUUUCAUUUUGUAUUUUCUUUUGGGAGGCCUAAAUACUCCAAUAAUUACAUAGAUUUGAUGUUGAGAAUUUUUCUUGAGGAUAUAGUGGAGUAAGAUCGGAUUUGAAUGCGUUCAUAUAUUUUCAGACUUAUUUCAUGUAAUUUAGGUUUUCUUGCACUGUUCUGUGGUAUGACAUCUUUUUCUUGAUUAUAUUGUAAAUGGUUAAAAUAUUUUGUUUUGGUAGGAAUGAUCAUACCAAAUGUGUUUGUGUAAAUUUUAUGGCAGCCUUAUGGACAAAAAUGCUCUGACUACUGCCUCUACCUGGUUUUGGUUGUCAAUAUAUUAGUGCUGUUAUACAGUACUGGUUUUAUAAUGAAAACUGGAAAUAAAAUGUUUGAUUUGGAAUGGAAA